CUGGAGAUUAUUUCCCGGGAAAGGAAAUAAGUUUUUUUCUUAAAAGUUUCUCGGAUCGCAAAAAUAGUGAGUCGCGAAUAUUGGGCGGUUUAUCGAUUUCGUUUCAUGGUGUAAACUUAUGUCUUUGACGAACGGAUGUAAUAUUAAGCGCCCUGUGUAAUUUGUCUUUCGGACGAAGAUCUAGGACUACCGCAGAUAUCUAUCAUAAAACGAAACCAGACCCACAGCGACUUAACAGCCAGGAAAAGCAGUUAUAAAAACACAACGCAGUUUAGACGUUUUAUUGCCUCUGUCAUUGUACAGCGGCGUUUCUCACUCUGUUGGGAAAUUCUUUAUGUCGUACAACAAAGGCUAGCGGCCGACAGGGAAUCUACCUUGUGCAAUUCGGAUGGACGCUAACCGGCGCUGAAAGUGAGAGAUCUCAAGUUCUGGCAAUCGAAAGAUACAUUAAUUUUGACUCCGGAUAUAAUUACCGGGGUCUGGGACUGAUGAACGGGCUUAUCGAUGUGAUACGGAGUUUCAAUUUUAACGGCCGCUGUUCCGAACUAGACUGAUAGAGGAUGUCACAUCAGAGGGAUUUCUGAGAAAUUUUCUGAGGACACUCGAUUGAUUUGAAUCGCCGUAGAGGAGGAUGUGACCAGUUUUUCAUUUUAAGCAUGCAUCAUCAUGAUUAGUUGAGGUGACUUAAUCCGUGAGUUUUUCGUGCAAACCUUCUCAUGCUAUCGAAAAAUGCACCAGACUAUUGGACAUGACAGCGCAAGGGAUACUGGUCGGGCUUGUCUUCUACUUGAUGUUCCCCGCGAAUAUCAUAGGUUUGUGGUGGGCGGUUGGUAGUCCUCUACUGAUGGAUCAUAACAGCAUUUGUAGAAAGACGAGACGCCUUGCGGGAAAACAACGCGAGAUAUGUAAAAAGGAGCCAGAGAUUGUGAAGGAGGUGGCGAAAGGGGCCGAGUUAGCUAUUCUGGAGUGUCAGCAUCAGUUUAAAGCCAGGAGGUGGAACUGCACGUCGCACAGGCGCUCCAUAGGCAAGAUCCUCAAGAGAGAUACAAGGGAAGCAGCAUUCGUGUACGCCAUCACCGCAGCAGGGGUGCUUCACUCAGUCACCAAUGCAUGCACCCAAGGAAGCCUCAUGCAGUGUUCGUGCAUCAACGACUACAGGGACACCCCGCCUGGUGCUGACUUUGCCUGGGGAGGAUGCAACGAUAAUGUCGGCUACGGCUACAACAAGUCUAAACAAUUUAUGGACGCGAUGCCGAAAAAACGCCGUGGAGAUAUCAGAACGUUGAUACAAUUGCAUAAUAACGAGGCAGGGCGACUGGCCGUCCAAAUGCAUAUGGUCAAGUGGUGUAAAUGUCACGGACUAUCAGGAUCGUGCAGCUUGAAAACGUGUUGGAAAAAAAUGCCGCAAUUUGACACUGUAGGAAACCGCUUAAAGGGUGGAUUUGACGGGGCUAUAAAGGUAAUAGGGUCAAAUGAUGGGGAGGAACUGCUUCCAUUUGGGGACACAAUCAAGCCACAUAUGUCCAAAGACCUCAUAUACGGCGAGGACUCGCCCAACUUCUGCCGUGCGUACCGCCGCGCGGGAUCUUUGGGAACGAGUGGCAGGGACUGCGACCCGAACUCACUCGGGGUCGGUGGCUGUGAUAUUUUAUGCUGUGGCAGGGGAUAUCGGAAAUACCAGCAAACUCUGAAUGAGAAUUGUCACUGUGUAUUCAAGUGGUGUUGUGAGGUAAAGUGUGAUAUAUGCACUGUUACUAAGACGAUUUAUAAAUGCGUAUGACGGGAUUACAAACUGUAUUGCGCGUAGCACUAGUGGAUGUUAUUUGAGGCAUUGAUGGUUCAAGCUGUGAGAACAGCGACGAUGAUCGAUGUUCGAAGUUAGUAGAGAGGUUCACAGUUUGAUCUGAGAACGAGAGCGAAACCGAGCUGGUACGUUGACGACGGAUAUCGCGUUGCCUGUUGUAGAUUCAGUGAAACUAUAGGUGACAUUAAAGUCUGGUAUGCCUAGGAACAAGACUUCAUACAGACUAGUCUUUAUGAAUGCUUGCUAGGAACAAUAAUACAGACCAAUAAACUUGACUUGAUGAACUCAUCCAGAUCAAUACCUGAACCUCUCUUCUUGUCAACUCUGUGGCGGUGAAGAGGGUGAUCUUCAUGACACUUAGCGUUUCCUUCUAAUGCCUGGCUUAAUAUUUCCAGAUAUUGUCUAAGAUAGAGCUGGGCAAUGUCCAGAAUGAUGGGUAUUUGUAUAUCUCGUAAAGUAAUAUUUGAAUUUUAUACGUUUUGCACUACGUUGUGUCUUGAAUAUUUCAAUCGGACUUUAUCAUGAACUUGAGCACGGUGGUGAAGGUAUCGGUUUUUGCGUGUGAAAAAUGCGUGCUUACCCGGAGAGAAAAUUACGACAUGAAAAAAACAUACAGAUGAUUAUUUCAUUUUGAGGGGCGGGAAGGCCCGCAUUUAUCAUUUUUACCCCUCCAGCACUGUAAUGGGAGGCCUUGUUUCUAUUGUGUUGCAAAGGUAAACAAAUACCUUUACCCACCGUGUUGAGCGUGGCCAAAGGUACUAAGUGAGAUUACAAACAGUGAUGUUACACAGCUCUAUAGGCAGCCGGUGUCAAAGUUGACCGGCUUUAGUUGACAGCAUGAAAGACCUUUGGUUAAUUCGAAGAUAAUCUAGUGUUGUUAAACACCACUAUCUUUUGGUAAAUGUGAUCUGGCCGCAUUCCUGGGUUCAACUAAGUAUCUUUGGCCAGAACGAUGUGAAAAACACUAUACUAUUCCAUGAAAUGUGUACAGGCUCCGCCAAAUGUAGACUGGCGAUGCAUGGGUAUUUCUUUCCUCACAUAAUGGUCGCCGCACACUUAGCGAUUAAUUGCAACUCGGCGGUCGAUUGCAACAAGUGAACUUGCAAUGAAUCGCUCCCUGUGCGAUCCCCAGUUGCAGUCAGCUGCAAUGAAUUGCGUAGUGUGGGAUUACAAAUGUAACCUUCUUAAUUUAAUCUCCGUGUUAUCAUGUAAAUAUUGGUCUA